UAGCAGAAGACAAGAAGCAAAGGAGGAGACCGACGAGUCCGAAAGCAAGGAGAAGGCGGAGACGAAGGGGAAAGAGGCAUAGAGAACACAGAAGAAAGAGGAGAAUUGUCAUAGAAAGAAAGUGAGAAACGGAUAAAAAAGAAACAAGAUUGUGAAGAGAAAUAAAAGACGGGAGACGAACACAGAAGGAACAGACGGCGAGCGCUGUAGUGCAGACCGAUAGAAGAAGAACCGAUAAAAAAAUUCCCACCAAAGCUUAACAGAAGAAAGCCACAGAAGCCGAAGGAGAAGCAAGGAACGAAGAGCCUCCAAGAUGGUGACAUUCCCCGAGAAGGUGAACAACGCCCUGGUGAAAGCCGGUCUUCAGCCUGUCACGGUGAAGAGCGUGAUGGGUUUUUACAUGCCCUUGAAAGGUUCCAUGGCCUAUGUGAUGCUCAGCACUCAGAUGUUCACGCCAGAGCUCUACGAGAACUUCAAGUUCAUUGUGAUUCCACAGUACAUCUCCCUGACCAAUGCAUGUCUGGUAAACAGCAUGCUAGGUACAGGGCUUUUUAUUUACACCCGCCCCCAUCUUGCCUCAGCUUCUCCAAAGGACAAAGUCAUAUUUUGUGCCUUUGGCUCUGUGAUGUUUAACCUGGGAUCUAUGCUGCUCUGGGCCCUAGGUCGCACUGUUGCCCCAGAGAGUCCUGCACUGCGCACUGUCAUUGGCACUGCUGGAGCAGUUGGGGCUCUUUAUCUGGGCAAAAAAUAUGUAGACUUUGUAGAUUCUAAGGAGAAGGCCAGCUAAGUAGACUGGUUGUUACAUCCAACUUAAGUUGUACAUCAGUCAUACUGUGAAACCAUGUAAAGGAUAACUUAAAUUGUCUGGUUAUCUAAAUAUUAGGCUGUGCUUAUAUUAUAAUUGUUGCUUUUGUUAUGCAGUAUUAUAUAUGAAGUGACUGCAUUAUACUCCUUGUGAAACUCCAUGCACAAUUCUACUCUUUACGUUAGAGGUCACUUGUAGUCUUCUAUUUUGUACUCCCCGAAGAAUGAAUACUUGCUUGAGUAAAUGUGAGAUAUAUUAUGGCAAUUGUUGAUAUUGUUAAGUGGAUGUUUUUAUUCUAGUGGCAAUAGCCAGAUCUGGAACCACUUUUUACUACGUUUUGUUUGUCAUGUUGGAAAUCAGGCAUUGGAUUUGGGAUACUGCAUACAUCAUCAGCAAAAGUGGGUGGGAAAAUCAUAGCCAGAAUAUGGAGAGGAUUUUAGUAUUGCAAAACUGAUACAGGAUAUUUAUGAGUGCAAUGAAUUAUUUCAUCAAGUUGAAAUUUCAGGACAAUCACAAAUUUCCUCAUUUGCACAGGCUAGUCCAUUUUGAACUGCUUAUCAGUGAGUCAGGUAGAUUUUUGGAAAGGAACUCGAGAGCACAAAAGUAGCAUGUCUUCCACCAGAAUUGAAGACUUACAAGUGAUUAUAUGCUGUGUGAAAUUGAGAGUGUAAGUUCUUCUAUGAAGUUAUAAAUAAGAGAUAGGAAGUACAGAAAGUAUUUAAGGCCUUUUUUACAUACUUGUAGAUUUGAAGGAAUACUGUUAAACAGCAUCUGAAGUUGUAAACAAAGAUUAAACAAAAUUAAAGUUUAAUGUAUUGUUUUAGUGAUGUCAUCAUACACUUCUUGGAAUAUGAUUGACCAUCUAUUUUUCAGAAUGCUGAAUCAAAAUAACAGAUUUAUUACACAUAAAGGUGUUGAUUUUCCAGUAUGAAAAUAGUUAUAGGUUCAGGCAGAGUUCAUAACUGGUCAUUAUGGAUUAAAGUUCAUUUAUUAUUAUAGUCUGUGUAACAGAAAACAACUUGGUUCAAUGCUUAAUUACUGUACAUCGUGAUCUUCAGUUAAUCUCAAGCAUUAUGAUGUCGUAAAUGAAAAGUGUAUCAUGCUGUAUAUAAUAAAGCUUUAUUUAUAGA